ACUUCAGCUAUCCAACUCGCACUGCCCGCAGCACUCCGAGAUGCUGCCUAUUUGUCAGUAUACAGUUGGCAACCGCUAGGCCUAUUAUUUAGCUGUAGUUUACAGGAAUAAGACGUGUGUCAUGGUGUAGAGUACACCUGGUUGCAGCUAGGAUGAGUGUCUCUCAGGAGAGAGAGGAGGCUGAGGGCCACAGUGAGACUCUCACACCAGAGUCUUCUCCACACACCUGUGUGACCACGACAAGCAAGAACACUGAUGUUAUCACACCGACACAUUCUGAUGAAGGGUCUGAGGUCCAGAGAGCUGCAUCUCCAGUGUCCAGUCUUGUGUCUAUGAGGAGUGAAGCCUCCAUAAUUAUGCCUCCCAACAUGACCACUGAGACGGAUGGACGCCCUCGUCUGCAGUCAGAGGUCCAGAGAGCUGCAUCUCCAGUGUCCAGUCUUGUGUCUAUGAGGAGUGAAGCCUCCAUAGAUAAACCUCCCAACAUGACCACUGAGACGGAUGGACACCCUCAUAUGCAGUCUGAGGUCCAGAGAGCUGCAUCUCCAGUGUCCAGUCUUGUGUCUAUGAGGAGUGAAGCCUCCAUAGAUAAACCUCCCAACAUGACCACUGAGACGGAUGGACGCCCUCCGCUGCGUAAGGGGAAGUCAGAGGAGCACACCGUUUCCCCGCUGAGAAAAGCUGAGAGGAGCCAGUCACUUCCACCCCACCACACACGCAGUCCAGAGAGCAACCAUCCACAGCCAACACAACAUACAGGUGGUGGAGCACUGAAGACACUUUCAGACAACCACAAACGCUGCCUAAAGCGAAGAUUCCAGAAUAUUUCCGAAAGCCUUCACAAGCCAGGGUCCCAAGUGCCCAUCAAUGAGGUCUUCACAGAGCUCUACAUCACAGAGGAGAAGUGCAAUGAGAAGAAGGACCAUGAGGUUUGGCAGGUAGAGGCAGCAUCAAGAGCACAGAACUCUGAGGACACGCCUAUCCAUUGCAAUGACAUCUUCACACCCUUACCUGGACAGCAGAAGAAGAUCAGAGCAGUGAUGACCAAAGGCGUGGCUGGCAUUGGAAAAACGGUCUCAGUGCAGAAGUUCAUCCUUGACUGGACGGACGGGGUGGCCAAUCAGAAUAUUGAUUUCACCUUUUCCCUUCCUUUCCGUGAGUUGAAUUUGGUGAGGAGUCAUCAGCAUAGUCUUCACACGCUUUUGCAAACCUUCCACCCUGAGCUGAAGGAUGGGGUAGAAUACAGAGAUCAUCAGGUUGCCUUCAUCUUUGAUGGCUUAGAUGAGAGUAAGUCCCUGAACUUUCGAUCAAACAUGUCGGUGUGUGACGUGACCCAAACAGCAUCAGUAGAUGAUUUGUUGAGCAGCCUCAUUCAGGGAAACCUGCUUCCCUCUGCGUUCAUCUGGGUAACCUCUCGUCCAGCCGCAGUGGGUCAAAUCCCAGCCAAGUUUUUCGACCGUGUGACUGAAAUUCGAGGCUUCACUGACUCACAAAAGGACAAGUACUUCAAAAAGAGAAUCCGCAAUCAGAGUCAGGCCAACAAAAUCAUUGCUCACAUCAAGUCCUCCAGGUGUCUCCACAUCAUGUGCCACAUCCCAGUCUUCUGUAGCAUCGUAGCCACUGUGCUACAGCAGGUACUUCAUCAGGGCUACAUUCCCAGGACUCUGACAGAGAUAUUCAUACACUUCCUGCUCUUCCAGACUACAAGGAAGAACCAACAACCACAAAAUCAAGACAGUGGGUGCAGGAAGAAGGCCAGGAUGGAUCAAAUACAUCAGAGAGGAGCUGAACCAGAGGAAACACAACCUCCUGAAUCGCCAAAAGAAAUCAUACUGAAGUUGGCAAAGCUGGCAUUCAAGAACCUGGAGAAUGGUAAUCUCAUGUUCUAUGAGGAAGACCUGAGAGAGUGUGACAUCGAUGUCUCAAAGACGUCUGCGUUCACUGGUCUGUGUACCGAGAUUUUCAAGGAAGAGCUGGUGUUUCAAAAGAAGAAGGUCUACUGCUUUGUGCAUUUGAGUGUCCAGGAGUUUUUGGCAGCCCUCCAUGUGUUUGUCUCCUACAGUUACCAGAUGCAGGAGAUGGGGAUAUUUUUCUGCCUGGAGGAGUCUUUGAAGUUUGCAAUCACCAAAGCCCUCCAAAGCAGCAAUGGACACCUGGAUCUUUUUCUUCGCUUCCUCUUGGGAAUCAGUCUGGAGCGCAACCAGAGACUUUUGCAAGGUCUCCUGAAUCACACACACCCCAGUGCAGAGUGUAUCACUAACAUUUGUCGGUACGUCAAGGAGCUCAACAGAGAAGAUAUUUCUCCCGAAAGAUGUGUGAACCUUUUCCACUGCUUGUUCGAGAUGAACGACGAGUCCAUGCACAAGGAAGUUCAGAAGUACCUCACAUCAAAGAAUUUCCAGCAGAGCUUGUCUCCUGCUCACUGCUCAGCCCUGGCCCACGUACUUCUGAUGUCUGAAGAGACGCUUGAUGAGUUUGACCUGAAGAGGUACAACACAACAAGUGAAGGACGCAGGAGACUGCUACCAGCAGUGGUCUGUGCCAAGAAAGCAAAGCUUGAUGGGUGCCAUCUCAACAAGCUUUCCUGUGAGACCCUGAGGGGGCGUUUGGUGUCGCAUAACUCCUUAGUGGAGCUGGACGUGAGUCACAAUGCCCUUGGAGACUCUGGAGUGGAGACCCUUUCUGCAGCGCUCAGCAACCCUCACUGUAAACUGCAGACCUUGAGACUUGUUGACUGUUCACUCAGUGAAGAGGCUGGUUGUAUUGUGGGCAAAAUCCUCCAGGCACAGAACUAUCUGAAAGAGCUACACCUCAGUCACAAUGACUUGGGGGAUUCUGGAGUGGAGAAUCUUGCUAACAGACUCAACACUCCUCACUUCAAACUGCAGAUCCUGAGGCUGUCUGGUUGUCGGAUCUCAGGGAAAGGCUGUGAACACCUUGCUUCAGCUCUCUCCUCAAACCCCUCCCACCUUACAGAGCUGGAUCUGAGCUACAACUACCCUGGACCAUCAGGGAUUCAGAUUCUCUCUUCAACACUGGGGUGUCCUGAUGGGACAUUGCACACACUGAACUUUGAUCACUGUGCAGAAAUCCGAUUGCGGCCUGGUGUGCGAAAAUAUGCCUGUGACCUGACGCUGGAUGUGAACACGGCCCAGAGAAACCUGGUUCUAUCUGACCAUGACAGGACGGCCACAUGGAUUAGUGACCACCAGCCGUACCCUGAGCACGACGACCGGUUCGACUACUGGCCACAGGUGUUGUCCAGGGAGAGGCUGUCUGGACGCUGCUACUGGGAGGUGGAGUGGAGCGGGGACGAGGCUCGCAUAGCUGUGACUUAUCCAGACAUCAGCAAGAGAGGCAUGAAUGUGGACAGCCUGCUUGGACGCAACGACAAGUCCUGGACGCUGUAUCACUCGUCUCAAGGCUUUUACGCGUAUCACAACAACGAGCGCACAGACAUCCCAGGCCCUCCCUCCUGCUCCAGAAGAGCAGGCAUUUACCUGGACACGCCGGCCGGCACCCUGUCCUUCUACAGAGUCUCCUCCACUGACGACACGCUCUCCCACCUCCUCACGUUUCACUCCGCAUUCACUCAGCCCCUCUGUGCGGCGCUGUACGUUUGGCCCAAUUCACAGGUGUCACUCUGCAAGACCACCUGAAAGCGAAUGUGAUUUCCGCUGGCUAUUGUGAUCACACGGUAUCAAACUCCAUACAGUCAAUGUAUUAGCGUCUGUACAGCACUGGUUUCAAAACAAUAAGCUUUAGCAUUAUCCUGUAGAUGGGUACUAGAGGUCAAUGGUGCUGUGGAGCCUUUGCAUAAUCAUUACAUUACAUUGUAUUACAUUACACUUAGCUGACACUUUUUUUGUCUCAAAGACAUAUGAUGUCUUCAGGCAUCACAUAUUUUGAUUCAGGGGUCAGAACAAUUCAUUCUUGGGGUUAGAAGGUUUUGGGUUUGAUCCAAAUACUCUAAACACUGCAAUAAUGUGGUCAGCUCCACCAGGGGCUCUAAAGUGUCCUCUAUAACACUUUAGAAUAAUAGUCCCUUAAAAAGUGUUAUCAACAUUUAAUUGUAUCAAGGAACGUAUUAUAAAUAAAUAAUUUACAAAUGUUUGUACAUGAGUAAGAAUCAAUCUAUGGUUGCAGAGUAGAGUGGGAUUUGGCUACUAGAUGAGUGUGAUGUGUGUUUGCCAGACACUUUUCAUUUUUGGAGGACACACUGUCGGGACUGGUGGGCCUGUGCUUGGUCUGCUGUGCUAACAUAAUAUUUCUUACUCAUUUAUAGAGAAUUGCAAAUAUUUUGUUGUUAGCUGAUUAUUUACAGUGUUUAUAAAGCUGUUUUAAGGACUGAUAUUCUAAAGUGUCACUGUUUCCUUUUGUAAGGUAGCAUACCUCAUAUUGCCCCAGAGUCUAACGCAGCUAGAAGUCAUUUUCAUUGCAUGUUGUAGCCAGUUUUCCAGAUACAAGGCCAGUGAAUCUCAAUGUGAAAAAUAAUAUUUCAUACUGUUUUUGUCAAUAUUCAACCUGUACAUGUACCCUGUUUAUUUAAAUACAUGUUUAUUAGAAGGAAAACAUAUCUUCAUUUGUUAAUGUAAUAUUUAAAGGUUGGCUUUGGUUGUUACCAUUUUACAGGUCCACAAUGCUAUGCCUUCAAAUUAAUUAAUCACCUCACUAUGACCAACUGGUUCACAAUGGAGUGUAACACCAGUGGUAGUAGCAAAAACAUGAAAAAUGGAUUGGCUAAUGGAAAUCGGCGAUUAAAUGUGUUCACUGGUUUAAUAUAUUUUCCUGUCAUAAGCUGAAGUGUAUCUUUUUGUAGGCCUAUGUCUUUUGCAGACAACUGUAAGGAAUACGUACUAUCUUAUCUGUGUUUUGGCUAUUUUAAUAUACUACAUACAAAAAAAUAAAGUUACUCAAACUGAAACACUAGUACUGUAUAUGUCUAAACAGGUCGAUAUCAGUUUCCCAGUUCUGAGUCUUGUCUAACCGUUCCAGCCAACUUUAAAGCCUGGUUUCAAGAUUCAAGACUCCUUUACAUCUCACUGUAGUCAUUACAUUGACAUUAGACUGU